AUGGCCUCUGUCUUGGAGCUCACCUGCAUGGCCUCAGCCCUUCUCCUGCACGACCACGAGGUGAUCGCCCUGGCCAACGUGAACAUUGGGAGCCUCAUCUGCAUUGUAGUAGGUGGUGGACCCAACCCAGCAGCUGGUGCUGCACCAGCAGGAGGUCCUGCUCCUUCCCCCACUGCUGCCCCAGCCAAGGAGAAAAACGUGGAAGCAAAGAAAGAAGAAUCUGAGGAGUCUGAUGAUGACAUGGGCUUUGGUCUUUUUGACUAA